AUGGGGUUUGUCAAGAAGGAUUCAAAGCAUUUGAUCCAACAAAAAGAUGAUGAAGUUAAAGUGAAGACACGCCAGGGCAAAUCUGUUGUUGAGCCUGCUGAAGGUUAUAGAUUCAAAGUCAAUUGGUAUUAUAGAUCAAGGGAUAUCUCCAAGCAUUCUAAUGAUUCAAGACUGUUGUAUGCUUCAAUGCAUUCGGAUACUUGUCCUUUACAAUCUUUUAGAGGAAGAUGUAUUGUUAAACAUAAAGACGAGAUUGAAGAUUUCGAAGCUUUCAAGACUAUGCCUAAUCAAUUUUGGUUUGAUAAAUUAUUUGAUAGAUAUAUGAUACGGUUUUAUGAAGUGUUACCAACCUCACACCUUACAAGCUUGCCAACAAAUUACUAUAACGCCUUGAUGAAAAGAUUCCCAUACAUAUUUGUGGAACAAGGGAAGAGUAAAGAUAUGUUACAAUCCCCUAAAAGCUGUGCCAAAUGUAAUCAAUGGUGCAGUCAUAGUGAUUCUAUUGUCUGUUGUGAAUGUCAAGAAAUGUAUCAUAUGCUCUGUUUAGAUCCUCCAUUAUUUAAAAAACCAGCUAGAGGUUUUGCAUGGUCAUGUAUCAAAUGUACCAAAAAGUUGGAGAGUCAAAAAUUGAUCCCAACUAAAGCUAGUCUUGAGGAAGAUGGUGCCAAAAUCCCAUCAAAUGUUGUAACAGCUCAACCAAAUGAAGCUAAAAGAUUACCUUUAUAUGAAGAAUUGGCUAUAAGCUUCCUGCAAAAGGAUUCUGACUUGAGUCUUCAAGAGAGAAGAAACCAAGAGGAGUGGGUCUAUAGAUAUUUGGGUAUGCAUGCUAAAUUGGAAGAUGCACUUGAUCUUCAAGAUCGUCCUUAUCCAAGAGCUGCCUCUAGAUUGGGAUCUAAGCAUCAAUUAACAGGUGUUCAAGAUUGGUAUGGUCAUACUGUCAAAUAUUAUGAUAAUGCUGGUUUAGCUGAAGAGUAUCAAAAAACCACAGUUGUUAAAAAGAAGAAAGUUGAUGGUAGAAGAAAAAAGACAACAUCUGAAGAACCUGAGGAAGAAUAUGAGAUUUUGCCAAUUCCUCAAGAGUUUAAAGAUACAGAUCCAAGUGAUUUCCCACCUUGGAUACAAGAGAGACCAAAAGGUUAUGUGGAGAGAGGUGGUGAAGAUACAGCCACUUUGAUGUGGAAACAACCAGAAUCACAAGAGAAGUGUGAACAAUUGGAUCAAUAUAUCAAAAAUUGUGAACCUAUUGCAGUUGGAUUGGAUUUGUUACCAAAUACACCAAAUUUCGUGGAUAGAAUUUUGAAAAAUUUAUUGGAUUCAAACUAUGAUUUUGAUAAAGCCAAUGAAUUGAAUAAAUUAAUCACAAGAGAGACUUUAAAGGAACCAACAUUUUCAGAUGAAGAGAUCAAGAAAUUUGAAGAUGGUGUUAGACAAUUUGGUAGUGAAUUAUAUCCAGUUUAUCAAUUUGUGAAAACCCAACCUUCCUCUAUGAUUGUUAGAUUUUAUUACCUUUGGAAGAAAACCAAGAAUGGACAUUUAAUUUGGGACAAUUUUGAAGGUCGUCGUGAGACAAAAAGCAAACCAAAA